CCCUCAGUGAAGGAAAACGUAGACCUGCAAUUGAAGCUGAAGGAGAUUUCCAUCACAGUGACCAUGGCUGAGUACAAGCUAGAGGUGUCAACAGGUGACAUUACAUAUGCAGGAACAUGGGACCACAUAUACGUCACUUUAUUUGGAACUGAAGGGCAGAGUGAGCGAACUGAGUUGGACAACUACGGCACUGACUUUACAACUGGGACAACAGGGACCUAUACUGUGAAAACCAGUAUGUCUCUGGGGACACUGCUCCUAAUCAAGGUGGAGAAAGAUCCGUUUUUUGUUCUCCCAGAAGAUGAGUGGUACUGCUCCAAAAUAAUAGUGAUGACACCAGAGGGAGAUGCCAUUCUUUUCCCUUGCUACAGAUGGGUGUCCAGGGGAGAACUGGUGGAGCUGAGAGGAGGGAGAGCCAUUAAGGUUUUUGAGGAGAACCAUCCUGUGUUGAUUGACCACCGGAAAAAUCAGCUGACACUUAAAAAGAGCCUUUACCAAUGGGAGAUCGCUGAUGAAAGACUGCCACACAUCAGCAGUUUUAAACAUACAUCUGAGCUACCAGCUGAACUCAUCUUCUCUAUGUCCAAAUCAAUGGAAAUACAGUACACAAAAAAAAUAGCUGGUGCUGAACUCAUGUUUAAGGGGCUCAUUGGAUCUACUGAACAAUGGGAAAGCAUUGAGGACAUGAAACAAAUCUUCUGGUCCCAAAAAACAACAAUGUCAGAGUACGUUAAAGAGCACUGGAAGGAAGAUGACUUUUAUGGAUUCCAAUUUCUGAACGGGAUCAACCCUAAUGUGAUCAAGCGCUGCUCAGAGCUUCCUCCAAACUUUCCAGUCACAGAGGACAUGGUGAAGCCGUUUCUGAAAGAGGGUACCUCUCUGAAGGAGGAAAUGACGAAAGGCAAUAUAUUCCUCUGUGACUUCAAGAGGAUGGAUGGAUUACCCACCAAGUUGUCAGAUGGUGAAUCUGUGCAUGUGACUGCUGGUUUCUGUUUGUUCUACAUGAACCCAGAGAACAAACUGAUGCCAAUUGCAAUACAGCUGCAACAACAACCCUCUGAGCAGAAUCCCAUCUUUCUGCCCAGUGACCAGGAGACUGACUGGCUGCUGGCCAAGAUGUUUAUUAAAAAUGCAGAUUUCAUGCUUCAUCAGUCUGUCUAUCACUUGGUUAACACUCACUUACUGGCAGAAGUCUUCACUGUUGCUGCUCUCCGCAGCUUCCCUGACAUUCAUCCCCUCUAUAAGCUGCUGAUCCCUCACGUCCGCUACACUCUCCAAAUAAAUACUUUGGCCCGUAAAACUAUUUUUUCACCGGAAGGGAUUUUAAGUACAAGUUCACUUGGACAUGAGGGGAUGACAGAGGUCAUUGGAAGGUCUCUCUCUGAGACGACCUACAGCUCCCUCUGUCUGCCAGACAACAUCACUGCACGAGGACUGGAGUCUAUCCCCAACUUCUACUACAGAGAUGAUGGCCUGAAGCUGUGGAACAUCAUCAACAGAUUUGUGAAGGCAAUAGUGGGGUACUAUUAUCCUUCAGACAGUGAGGUGUGUAAAGACUCUGAACUGCAGGAAUGGAUCCGUGAGAUAUUCACCCAUGGCUUCUUAGGAAACAAAGCCUCAGGGUGUCCAGGAUGCUUUCAUACUGUCAAGGAAGUGAUCAGGUUCAUUACCAUGGUGAUCUUCACAGUGACGGCUCAACAUGCUGCAGUGAACAGUGGGCAGUUUGACUACCACUCCUGGAUGCCUAAUGGCUCGCUCCUGCUGCAAAAACCUCCUCCAACCACAAAGGGGCAGUCAAGCAUGAAGACAAUUUUGGAGACCCUGCCAAAUAAAGGACAGACAGCCAGCAUUGCAGCAAUUGUUUGGAUACUUUCAGAAAAAUACACAGAUGUGGUUCCCCUGGGUACAUACCCUGAAGAGCGCUUUGAUGAGGCUCCACCUAAGCAGAUGAUUAAAGAGUUUCAAAAGGAGUUGUCCAACCUCAGUGAAGCAAUUACAACCAGAAACUCGCAGCUUAAAGUGCCCUACACCUAUCUGAACCCUGCUGAAAUAGAGAACAGUAUAACUAUUUGAGUAAGUCUGAGGGAGCCACUUUUUCCUUUCUGCACUAGUGAACAAUAUCCAUACCUUUUUCAAAACUUGUCUUGCAUGCUGGGUUGAGUUUCAAACUUUGACUUUGGUAAAUAAAAAAGGUGAGGUGGUAGAAACAUACAGUGCUGCUUGAAAGUUUGUGAACCCUUUAGAAUUUUCUUUAUUUCUGCAUAAAUAUGACCUAAAACACAAGUCCAUAGUUUACACAAGUCCUACACAAGUCCUUCAUGGACUCAUGAACACUGACUAUAGCCACUGCAAGAGAGGCUUGUAGUUUCCUAGCUGUUACCCUGGGGUUCCUUGUGGCCUCCCGGACUAUUACAUGCCUUGCUCUUGGUGUGAUCUUUGUUGUUCGACCUCUCCCGGGGAGGGUAACAAUGGUGCUGGAAGUCUUCUAUUUGUACACCAUCUGCUGUCAACUGGUGGAGUCCAGACUCUUUAGAAAUGGUUUUGUAACCCUUUCCAGCCUGAUGAGUAUCAGCAACUCUUCCUCUAGAUCCUCAGAAAUCUCCUUUUUUCAAGGCCAUGACACACUUCCACAAACCUGUGUUGUGAAGCUCAGACUUUGAUAGUGAAGACCCAGAUUUCUCUUCUUUAAAUAAGGCAGGACCUCCGACACUCACACUUGAUUGUAAUCUCACUGAUUGAAACACUCGCCUCUAAUCUCCCCUUCAAAUGAAUUGAUAAUCCUAGAGGUUCACAUACUUUUGCCACACACAAAUAUGUAACAUUGGAUCAUUUUCCUCAAUAAAUAAACGAACAUGUGUACGGUUUUUGUCUAAUUUGUUUAAUUGAUGUCUCUAUCUAGUUUUAGGACUUGCAUGGAAAUCUGAUCAUGUUUUAGGUCAUAUUUAUGCAGAAACAGAGCACAUUCUAAGGGGUUCACAAACUUUCAAGCACUGUAUAGUGACAUGCUGCACACUGGGAGAGGAUGACUAUAUUUUGGUUGUAUCAUGUUAAGUGGGCUUAUUGUAGGGUGCCUGUAUCUUUGUGUGAAUUACUGUACGUAUUACAUAGACCUCUCUUUAGGAAUAACUUAAAUGAAAAGUUUGAGUUGCAUGUUUAAGCAUCAGCUGACAUAAUGCAAUGAAAUGUAACUAGCUGGUACUCCUUUAAUAAAAUAGGUUUUCUGCCAUAGUGGAAAUUGAUAGGGGUGAGGUGGGGCUCUUUUCUUUCUGCCAUCAAACUACCUAGAUUUAUAUCAUGUCAAGUUUAAAAUGUGCCCAUCUCAUUGUGUGCCACACAGUAGAAGUAUCACAUGAAUACUUACAAUGUAAGGUAAAGAAGGAGCAGCUGUAUGUUGGGUGUAUACAUUUUUUGCAUAGUUUUAAACUUGUAGGCAUAAACAUAUUGUAAAGACAAAUGACUCCAGUUUCUAGUGGCUCUCAACAAAGGUAGUAGAACAUAAACAUACCACUUUUAUGUAUAAGCAAGUGGGUGAAAAAAUAGAUACGUAUAUGUAUAUAGAAACAACAAGUGGACAACAACAUACAAUGUCUACAGUAUAUACAGGUGAAGCCAUUUCUGUAAACUCUAAACAGGAUGCAAAUAGUGCAAAGGUGUUGGGGGAGGGUGUCCUGUAACUGAUGAUGUCCUGUAGGCCUUUCCACACUGACAAAAGGUCAUUAGCUGAAAACCUGUUCUACAGACUUCUGACCUUUAAAGAAUCGUUCACAAACAUUGCUCGCUAUUUUAGUGCUGCUAAAAAAACAUGCUGAUAUGUAAUCAAUUAAAAGCAAGCAGUUUGUUUGUGAUGACAUAUUAAGCCUCUAAAAGACCAUGUCAGACCUACUGUAGUGCUGAGAAGUUUGAGUGUUUGAAUUGUCUCAGUACACUCGAGUACAGACUCUUAAAUGUAUUUUGUGAGUAUUUUGAGUUUUCUAGUACUGGGUGUUGCUGACCUCUCAGGCCUUAUAAUGUACCUUUAUGCUUCAUAACCCUCCCAAAAUAUG